ACUCUCCAUCCCCCCCCCCCCCCCGCACUACCUCUCUCUCCAAAAAAAAGCAACAAGAGAGGGAAAGAGAGAAAAAAAGACACCCAUCGAUCGAUCGACAUGAUGGCAGCCAACGGCAACGGCUUGGCGAACGGCGCUGGCACCCGAGGAAAGCCCAUCAAAUGCAUAGCGGCGGUGGCGUGGGGCCCCGGCGAGCCGCUGUCGAUGGAGGAGGUGGAGGUGGCGCCGCCGGGCCGCCUGGAGGUGCGCGUCAAGGUGCUCUUCACCUCCAUCUGCCACACCGAUCUCAGCGCAUGGAAGGGGGAGAACGAGCUGCAGCGCAAGUACCCUCGCAUCUUGGGCCACGAGGCAGCCGGAGUGGUGGAGAGCGUGGGCGAAGGAGUGGAGGACCUCGCCGCCGGGGACCAUGUGGUGCUGAUCUUCACUGGGGAGUGUAGGGACUGCACCUAUUGCGGGUCUGACAAGACAAACCUAUGCGGAACCUACCGUGUCAACCCUUUCAAGAGCACCAUGGUCACCGAUAAUGGCACGAGGUUCUCCGUGGUGGACCGUUCCGGCAUGCGCCAACCGGUCUACCACUUCCUUAACACAUCCACCUUCACCGAGUACACCGUGCUCGAUGCGGCAUGCGCUGUCAAGAUCAACCCUAAGGCCCCGCUCGAGAAGAUGUCCCUUCUCAGCUGCUGCAUCUCCACAGGAGUGGGAGCGGCGUGGAACACUGCAAAUGUGUCCAAGGGGUCGACGGUGGCAAUAUUUGGGCUUGGUGCUGUUGGUUUUGCGGUUGCUGAGGGCGCCAGGCUAAGAGGCGCAUCUCGGAUCAUCGGCGUCGACAUAAACCCUGAAAAAUUCACCAAAGGCAAAGAGAUGGGCGUCACUGACUUCAUCAACUCGAAGGCGUGUGGCAAACCGGUCCAUGAGGUGAUCAGGGAGAUGACUGGUGGGGGUGUCGACUACAGCUUCGAGUGCACCGGGAUCAAUGAUGUUCUCAGAGAGGCCUUCCUGUCCUCACAUGAUGGUUGGGGCCUGACGGUGGUGCUGGGGAUCCAUGCAACGCCCAAUAUGAUGCCGCUGCACCCGAUGGAGCUCUUCGACGGACGUCGGAUCACCGGCUGCAUCUUCGGAGACUUCAAGGGCAAGUCCCAGCUGCCUGACCUCGUCGACAAGUGCUUCAACGGGGAGGUUAAGAUAAACUUUGAUGGAUUCAUAACACACAAGAUGCCCUUCUCGGACAUCAAGAAGGCCUUCCAGCUGCUUGAGGAAGGCAAGUCGCUGAGGUGUUUGCUCCAUCUCUGAUCGAAGAGCUAGACUUGAGGAUUAAUCUUUAUUUUACUGCAAAAAUAAAUGUAGAAAUAUGUUUUCACGGUGUUUAGUUCUAUAAUAAUUGUCAUGGGCAUGCAUGUUCUGUAAAAAAGGUCCAACUUACUCAGCUGAAGAAAAGACAAUUAUUCUGCAGUAUAAAAUAGUUGCUUGGUCCAGCUUGUUUCUUCUGUAUAUGUACCGUAACAUCUCAAGUGUAAUCCAUGGGCAUUAUGGAUUUCUUGUCA